UCUUCCGUCAAUGAGUAUUUUUCGCAAGACGCUAACGAUGGUGUUUGUUAGCACGAAAAACGACUGAAGGUUUUAAAAUGGGGGCGUUUUAUUGUGCCAUUUGCAGACAGACGGAUUUCUCAGGAAAAGGCCACAUCUACGGGAAAAGCCACCAAAGCAAACUAAAAGUAGUUCUGGUUAAAUUCCUGGAUAAGGUGAAGGAAGCGCGGCGAACCCUGAAAUGUCCACAGGUGGAGAAAUUCGACGCCUCGGAGCACGAAACUAGGUUUUGGUGUUACUGCUGCGAGGUGGAGGUGCAGAAACACGUGACUGACGGCAAAAUCUCCGUGCUGUACGGAGGACUGCUGGAGCACAUGAGCACUCAAGAGCACCGCAAAAACACGAACGCCUUCUGGUGGAAGAACAAAGCCGACCCUAAACACAAAGAGAAGUUCAUCAUCACCGAGCAGGAAUCUGACAGAUUCAAGGAAGAAGUUGCCAAAGCUCUGGAGCAGUAUGAAGAGAAAGAGGACACACUUAUUAAAGAACAAGCUGCUUUAAUCCGGUCGCAGGAGCAGCACAGGCUGGAGGUUCUUCAGGCUCUAAUAGAGCCUGAUCCAGAGCUGCAGCAGUCUGCUGAACCAGAGCAGCAGGACAUCCAGCAGAUGACCAGUAGCACGGGUUCAGAUCAGACAGGAAGUUUUCACACCGUACUGAAGGAGCAGCCGGGCCCCAGCCGUAGCGAUCCCUUCAUGGGUCAGUGGGACGAUUCAGGACAAGGCCUCACCUUCAUUGGCCAUCAGGACUGCUCUUCCAGUGGAAACGUUCACACAGGGGCGGUGCCUCCAUGGCUACUGGAGGAUCCUGAGGAUAAGAGUGCAGCGGGUAACUCGCAGGACAUCGGUCCAUCGCUGCAGGAUUUUCUUAAACACAAAGAGCAGCAGAAACUGAAGAAGCUCCCAGCCAACCGCGUGGGCGCCAACUUCGACCACGGCUCGCACACCGACGCCGACUGGCUUCCGUCUUUCGGACGAGUCUGGAACAGCGGCAGGCGCUGGCAGUCCAGGCACCAGUUCAGGCAGGAGGAAGCUAAAAGCGGGCAGAAGAGACGGAGGGAGCACGGAGGAAAAGCAGCCAAGAAGCAGAAACAUCUGACUAACGGAGACGUCUGAUCACCAAAUAUUCAUAUGACCACUGCAACCUGGUCAGCAGGAGCAUGAAACUAAAUCCAGGUGUUCUUAUAUCCACACACUUAUAUUCUUCCACAGCAGACAGAUAGAAAGUGCUGAUUGAUGUAACAUUUAAUACAGUUUAUAACUGCAUUACCUUUCUCACAUUGAGAAACACAGCUAUACUUACUUCAUGAAACUAUUGUCAUAUCACGAUUUGAUUAUACUGACACAUGCUCGUUCUUAUAUCGUUUCUAUAGUAACCUUAUGGACGGUCACAAACAGAUGUGUUUAACAUAAUCGUUGAUUGUUUUAAGGAGGUGUUUAUAAAACAUUCAUGGAAUGAGUCUCCAGUGCCAGUAUAUUGGAACAAUCAGAUAAAAAUAUGCUCAGGUUUUUUCUGUUUCUCAGUGGCACGAGAUGAUAAAAUAUUCUGUUGAGGAAAGAAGUGUUUAUAGCCGUUACAUUAGUGACAAUGGCUGUUCUAUAACAUUAAAAAAUGUAGCUUUCUGUUUAUUGUUUACAUUUAAACACUAUAAAUAUCGAACUGUCACACCACAUCAUCGUCGACUAUUAUCCUAGAGCAGGAAGGAACAUCUUGUUUUAUUAUUACUUACUUAUAUGUGGGGAAAAAAGACAAUUCUUAUGGUUGUAUGGUUUUCCAAACCUGCUGUACUGUACAGAAAGCAGCGACUGGGAGGAAAAAUCAAAUUCACCAUUCGUGUUUCCAGUUUAUUGAAUAAAUCUGCAGCAUAG